UCUGAGGCGCGGAACGAGCGGCGCCGGGCGGCACCGGGGCGCGGGGGACCCGCCAGGGGCCCGGGACACAGAUGAUGUGCUUCAUCCUUUUGUCAUAGGACUUCAUUUGCUGAAAGGAAAACUAAAGGCUGCACCAAUGGAGCACAUCCAGGGAGCUUGGAAGACCAUCAGCAAUGGCUUUGGGCUGAAGGAUUCUGUCUUCGAUGGCCCCAACUGCAUCUCCCCCACCCUGGUGCAGCAGUUUGGGUACCAGCGCCGCGCGUCCGACGACGGCAAAAUCUCGGAUACGUCCAAAACCUGCAACACCAUCCGCGUCUUCCUGCCCAACAAGCAGCGCACCGUGGUGAACGUGAGGAAUGGGAUGACCCUGCAUGACUGUCUGAUGAAGGCUCUGAAGGUCAGGGGGCUGCAGCCAGAGUGCUGUGCAGUGUUUCGACUUCUUGCUGAACCGAAGGGGAAGAAAGUGCGUUUGGAUUGGAACACAGAUGCUGCCUCCCUGAUUGGAGAGGAGCUGCGAGUGGACUUCCUUGACCAUGUCCCACUCACCACUCACAAUUUUGCCAGGAAGACAUUUCUGAAGCUUGCCUUCUGUGACAUCUGCCAGAAGUUCCUGCUCAAUGGCUUCCGCUGUCAGACGUGCGGCUACAAAUUCCACGAGCACUGCAGCACCAAGGUGCCAACCAUGUGUGUGGACUGGAGCAACAUCAGGCAGCUCUUAUUGUUCCCAAAUUCAAAUAUCAGUGACAGUGGUGUCCCUGCACUACCUCCCUUGACAAUGAGACGGAUGCGGGAGUCUGUCUCCCGGAUACCUGUUAGCUCCCAGCACAGGUAUUCUACACCUCAUGCCUUCACUUUCAACCCAUCCAACCCUUCCUCUGAGGGCUCUCUGUCCCAAAGGCAGCGCUCCACAUCCACCCCCAACGUGCACAUGGUCAGCACCACCAUGCCCGUGGACAGCAGGAUCAUCGAGGAUGCAAUUCGAAGCCAUAGUGAAUCAGCCUCACCCUCUGCUCUGUCUGGAAGUCCUAACAAUAUGAGCCCAACUGGCUGGUCUCAGCCUAAAACCCCAGUCCCAGCCCAAAGAGAGAGAGCCCCUGCAUCUAACACACAAGAAAAAAACAAAAUUAGGCCUCGUGGCCAGAGAGACUCCAGUUAUUACUGGGAAAUAGAAGCCAGUGAAGUGAUGCUGUCCACCAGGAUAGGCUCAGGCUCUUUUGGCACAGUUUACAAGGGCAAGUGGCACGGGGAUGUAGCAGUGAAGAUCCUAAAGGUUGUAGACCCAACCCCAGAACAGUUCCAGGCUUUCAGGAAUGAAGUGGCUGUCCUGAGGAAGACCCGGCACGUGAACAUCCUGCUCUUCAUGGGCUACAUGACCAAGGACAACCUGGCCAUUGUCACCCAGUGGUGUGAGGGCAGCAGCCUCUACAAACACCUGCACGUGCAGGAGACCAAGUUCCAGAUGUUCCAGCUCAUCGACAUCGCCCGCCAGACCGCCCAGGGCAUGGACUAUUUACAUGCCAAGAACAUCAUCCACAGAGACAUGAAAUCCAACAAUAUAUUUCUUCAUGAAGGCCUGACAGUGAAAAUAGGAGACUUUGGGCUGGCAACUGUCAAGUCCAGGUGGAGUGGAUCCCAGCAGGUGGAGCAGCCCACGGGCUCCAUCCUGUGGAUGGCCCCCGAGGUGAUCCGCAUGCAGGACAGCAACCCCUUCAGCUUCCAAUCAGACGUCUACUCCUAUGGAAUAGUGCUGUAUGAGCUGAUGACAGGGGAGCUGCCCUACUCCCACAUCAACAACAGAGACCAGAUCAUUUUCAUGGUUGGCAGGGGCUAUGCUUCCCCAGACCUCAGCAAGCUGUACAAGAACUGCCCCAAGGCCAUGAAGAGGCUGGUAGCAGAUUGUCUGAAGAAAGUCAGGGAAGAACGACCUCUGUUCCCACAGAUCCUGUCCUCCAUCGAGCUGCUGCAGCACUCUCUGCCCAAGAUCAACCGCAGCGCCUCGGAGCCGUCCCUGCACCGCGCCGCCCACACCGAGGACAUCAACUCGUGCACGCUGACCUCCAGCAGGCUGCCCGUGUUCUGAGUGCUCUGAGUGCUCUGCCCUGGCUCCAGCAGGCUGCUCUGAGUGCUCUGAGUGCUCUGCCCUGGCUCCAGCAGGCUCUUCUGAGCACUCUGCCCUGGCUCCAGCAGGCUGCCCGUGUUCUGAGUGCUCUGCCCUGCUCCUGGCUGGAGCUGCAGGGGGAACUCGAGCUCUGCCUCCCUGCCUGGUGUCCAGGCUCCUCCAGCAGGACCCUCUGUGUCCCACCCCACCAAGAAGCUGCUCUGGAUUCGUGCAGUUCUCAGCCUGCAGGGACACAGCUCCUCAUUGCCUUUGCUACCAUCUCUUGUUCUGGGAGAGGUAACAGACUACAAAUCAAGAGAUCUAUUACUAUUUUUUUAAUAGAUGCACUUGAGCCUUAUUUUCCCCUUCCCAGAAGCGAUGGCUGUUAGUUUGGCAGUGGCUCUGGCUGGGUUUGCUCUGGGCUCAGUGAGUGAGGGGGCUCUGAGGACAGCUGAUGUUCUGGUGCUCUGACUGCCCCGUGCCAAGUGUCACCUCACCCUGGGGAGUUGUGCCUGGAGUGGGAAGAGGAAAUAACUCUGGAAAUCAGCUCCUGCCUAAGAGCUUCACCAAGCCAAUGAAAUAAGUUCAAAUGCUAAUUCAACACAAAAUAGUUUUGCAAUAGUUUUGCACAUAGAAGAAAAACUCUUGCAAAAGGAUGGAAUCUGUCGUGAAUUGUCCUGCUCAGAGAAGGAGGUGAGCCAGUCCUGCUUUGGUCAUCUUGAGAAGCCUCCCAGCUGCCUUUGGUACUAUGGACCUGCUGUGCUGCAGCCCAGGCAGGGUGGGUGAGGAGGGCUGGGCUGCCAGAGGCUGGGGGUGUCCCCCUCCUGCAGGGAAUGAGGAUUGGGGGUGUCCCCCUCCUGCAGAGGAUUGAGGAUGUUCCCCCCUCCUGCAGAGGAUUGGGGAUGUUCCCCCCUCCUGCAGAGGAUUGGGGAUGUUCCCCCCUCCUGCAGAGGAUUGGGGAUGUUCCCCCUCCUGCAGAGGAUGAGGAUUGGGGAUGUCCCCCCUCCUGCAGAGGAUUGAGGAUGUUCCCCCUCCUGCAGAGGAUUGAGGAUGUCCCCCCUCCUGCAGAGGAUUGGGGGUGUCCCCCCUCCUGCAGAGGCUGAGGAUGUCCCCCCUCCUGCAGAGGAUGAGGAUUGAGGAUGUUCCCCCUCCUGCAGAGGCUGCAUCCAGCAGGAGCUGUUGUCCAAGAGAUGCACUAGCAAGAGGAAACUGAGCAUAUACAGUUUUUCUUGUUGAUUUGGGUUUUAAUUUUGUUUUUAUUGCUCCUGAGAAAAUGCAUUUAUUGUAAGCCAAGGUUCCUCUGAUUAUCUUAUUUUAAUAAAAUAAAUUAAAUUUUA